AUGGGUGUUAUCGCCAAUGGCAACGGAACCAACAGCAGCCAUGGCAAGGAUCUAGAGUGGGCGAUUGCACAAUCGAAGGUAGUCCGAGCUGAAUCUGAGAAGACGUUUUUCACCCCAGAUAUAAAGCCGUUGCCCUUUCAUAUUAUCCCCCAACAUCUUCGUCCUCAAUCAGCUUUCCAUCAACGCCUAAAUCUACGCACCUCUACGAUGGCUCAACUUACUGGGAAUGGUGCAUCAGACCACACUGAUUCCCCCUUAUCAGUCGAAGCCAUCGAAGAAAGCUUUCGUUCGCUUAGAAUCACGCCUGGCCUUGCGUUGACACUCAUCCAAGCCCUCCUCAACAUCUCAACCACUCCCACUACGGAUGCCACAAUUACCACUUCCACCACGGAUGCCGCGGAUGCCACAACUGCCGCUUCCAGCACGGCAGCGGAAACGUAUGGAGAGGAAACAGCACUCGACGAGCCACUGACUACAGCAGCCGCCUCUCCUGAUUCAGCUGCUGUGACCACGGCUCGGACUAGUUUCAGAGACGCCGUUUCUACUCCCGCCUCUAUUGCCAACGCCGCAACUGCGCCUGUUGCUACACCGGCUGCCGCUACUCCUAUUGUUGCACCCCCUGCCACGCUGGCUGCAGCCACGCCUGUUCUCGCGCCUGUUGUUACGAUGGCCACGGCCGUACCCACUCUCACGACCAACACUGUCACUGCUCCCAACCCUGUCACAACCGUGGUUGCAAUGCCCAUCAUUGCAACGCCCAUUGUGGCCGCGCCAACCUUAACGACAGCCCCUGCAGUCAAUUACCAUCUGCCUGCCGCUGGCGCUGCAGGACCUUUCUACUGUAUCACUCGCGGGAGAGACAUUGGCGUUUUUGCAGGGUGGGAGCACGUUUCCCCCCUUGUCAUCGGGGUCUCGCGUGCGGUCUUUGGCCGCGUCGAUAGUAUUCAGGAAGGUCAGAACCGGAUGGACGCGGCUGUGAACGCAGGGCUCACGGCGAGACUCUGA